UACUGCAGCAUCACUUGUGUGCUGGUCAUGGUACAGUGCUCCAACUUUUCCCGGUUCAUUACAGCCUCACAUUCUCCAUCGUACGUUCCGACGGUGUUGCGAAUGGACGUUUUUUCGAUAGUUUAAAGACAUAUGGAGGUUUUGGUGUUGUUCUGCUCUAUUCUAUGAGAGAAAAAGCAGCGCCGUGGGAUUGAGAAACGAAGAUGACUCGGGAGAUACCUGGGUUCUACUAUGACAGCGUCAAGCGCAAGUACUUCCGCAUUGAAGACAGCAAGACGGCGCCAGCGCAGGCGGCCUGGUCAGCACGCAAUGUGAAGCGGCGCGCGCUUGAAGAGCAAGAGAAUGCUCGAAGGUGGGAGAAGCUGCAACGCCAGGCCAAGAAGGUGAAGAGGGCUCGCGUGAGGGAGGUGCCACUCAUGGGCGGACUGUUGGCCAGGGAGAUUGGAGAAGUCGGUGGCCAUCGUGUUUUGCCCGGGGCAGAAACCGUGGGCAGGGCAUGGGCAGGCGGGCUCCGGGCCAAGGGCGGAGUCAAGCUCUGGCCUAAUUACCCCGACAAUUGUGGGAUGCUAUCGUCUAUGUGGGUUGGAGGCAGUAGCGAACCGGGGCUGGGCAUUGUGUACGGGGCACUGAAUGAAGGAUUAUGGGCGGGCGCAUACAUCCCACGGGAUGCCGAGGACAGAAUCAGCUGCCGGCAUGCUGCAGAGCGGUAUCCUGGUAUCGACUUCCGGCCGCGACUCUAUUCCCUGUCGGAUCCCAUCGUCACGUCGAUCAAGUUCCAUGACUCGUCGCGCACGAUACUCCUGGCUUCCAACGACUACAGAGGCGGGCCCAUCUGUAUCCGGCAAUGCAAAGCCCAAUCACGCCGUUCAGCAGACCCGAGUCGGAGCCUGGUGCUAGAGGACAACGAGUCCGUUCUCCGCUUCACCGGGAGACAGCUUGAUGGCAGCCCCGCCAGCACCAUCCACGCACUGCAGCCCGCCCCUUACGGCUCGCGGCUGACGUGCAUAGCCGGCACCGACCGAGGUGUCGUCCAGUUGCAAGACCAAGAGUUGAGCUGGCUCACGCCGCCGGCGGACUGGUCCCCCAGACAGUUCAAGUUCCGCGGACGCACGCAGGCCGGGCAGGACCGCGCGCCAUGGCAAGGCGACAUCCUGUCGGUCGACUUCCUCAGCCCGAACAACCCCGAAGUCAUCCUCGCCGGCACCCGAUCGAGCCAUGUCUGCGUACUGGACCUCCGCACCCCGCCCGGCGAGUGGUCCGCCGAGAGCAACACCCUCAAGCACGCCAGCAGCGCCGCGCACGUCCGAUGCGUGGGACCUUAUACCGUGCUCGCCGCCGGCCCGCAAAACGCCAUGGCGCUGUACGACGUCCGCUUCUUGCAGCGGCAGCGGCAGCGGCAGCAGCUGCAACAAGAAGAACAACAGCAAGACCCAACCAACUGGGGAGGGGGAGGGGAAGGGGGAGGAGGGCGGCGGCGAAGACCUGGGAAUUGCACACGCCCCGUCGUCGAGUUCCCGUCCUACCGCAACCAAGAACACAUCCACAUCGGCCUGGACGUGCUGACAGAGCCCGGGUACGGCAGCGUCGGAAUCGUGGCGGCGGCGCAUGGCGACGAGACGGUGGGGCUGUACUCGCUCGGGGACGGCAGCAGGAUACCUGCGGCGGCAGUGGACGGGAUCAAGGCGCAUGCAGUGGUGAGGAGCUUGAUGUGGCAGACGCUGCCGGGGGAUCAGCAUCCGAGCUUGUUCGUCGGGGAGGGGCCCUGGGUGAGGAAGUAUUCAUUUUGGGCGUGAUGUGCAACGUUGAACAGGGAGGGUUCCGGAAUAAUGCUACGGGUGGCUGGAAUGGGGUUGAAUGAUAUGUGCGUAUUUUGUCACAUGGAACCCGUGUUUAAUUGGUAUUGGACUUGUAAGGUAUAGUAUACCUACCUAUAUACAUGUGUGUGUGUGCGUGUGUAUAC